GGUGCGGGAAGGCGGCCCCAAGGCCCUAUAGAGAUCUCUCUAAGGGAACGUUGCUUCCAUCCAGGUGGAUGGACGAUUACGAGAAAGAACAAGGGAGCAGUGAUCUUUAGAUCAGGGGUGAGUGUGGUGGAAGAAGGAUUGGAAGCGACGAGAAAUGACGUCACGUCAGCAAGUGAGAAGAAAAGUUUUUCCUUGCGUUUUGGUUUUCCUGGAGACGCUAAAAGUGACAGACGCCAGUCGCAGACAUAGAGAAAUUGUGAAAACACGGGUGAAGAAUUGAUUAAUCUGCCGGCGGUACCCGAUUGCAGGUCGAGAAAUAUCACAUGACAUUGGCUUAAUAUUAUUUACAUUAGAUUUAUCAUCUUUCACAAAAUAAAGGAAGUUGCUACACAAAAUGGAUAUAUUCCCUCAUCUAUAAAUCUGUGAUAGAAUUGGUGUUACACAAUUGUUGCCGUGACUUGGGAACAUUAGCAAAAUUUCUCUACUUCACUGCCUGGAAUAUCUUCAAGAGUUGAUUGCUUUGUUUAAACUUGGACAUAUUUCGAAAAGAGGUUGCAGUAUCUUAACACAUCAAUUGAAGUCACCCUUUAUGGAAAUAUAGUUCUAGAUAUACUUCAAAGAACAAUAGUUGAAUUUGACAGAGAAGAAAAAUUAUGGAAAAUGAAUUCUGUGAGGAAUCAAUUCAAAUUAAAAUAGAGACUGAACGAGUUGAUUCUUGUGAUGAGAUUCAGAAUGAGAGAGAAGAAAAAUCAUACUCCUGUGACAUGUGUAAAAAGUCAUUCUCUCAGAAACACCACCUAAAUGAUCACAAACAUAUUCAUACCAGAGAGAAACCAUAUCACUGUGAAAUCUGUGGUAAAUCCUUUUUCACAAGUACUGCAUUAAAUACUCACAAACGUAUUCAUACAGGAGAGAAACCAUAUCACUGUGAUAUCUGUGGUAAAUCAUUCUCUCACAAGUCAUCCUUAAGUAAACACAGAAGUAUUCAUACAGGAGAGAGACCAUAUCAUUGUGAGAUUUGUGGUAAAUCAUUCUCUCAAAAGAAUGACUUGAAUUUACACAUACGGAUUCAUACAGGAGAAAAACCAUAUCAUUGUGAUAUCUGUGGUAAAUCCUUCUCUCACAGUUCAUCCUUCAGUAAUCACAGAAAUAUUCAUACAGGGGAGAGACCGUGCCUCUGUCAGAUUUGUGGUAAAUCAUUCACAAAUAAAAGUAAAUUGAAGAGGCACAUAUACAUUCAUACAGGAGAAAAACCCCAUUGCUGUAAUAUAUGUGGCAAAUCAUUCUCUCAAAAGAAUGACUUAAAUAAACACAUACGGAUCCAUACAGGUGAAAAACCAUUUCACUGUGAUAUCUGUGGUAAAUCUUGCUCUCAAAGUAGUGAUUUAAUUAAACAUAAGCGUGUUCAUACAGGAGAGAAACCAUAUCAGUGUGAUAUCUGUAGCAAGUCUUUCUCUGAAAGCACUGCCUUACAUAUACAUCGACGUAUUCAUACAGGAGAGACACCCUAUCAGUGUGAUAUCUGUGGUAAAUCAUUCACUGCACGUGGUAAGUUAAAUAUUCACAAGCGUAUUCAUACAGGAGAGAAACCGUAUCAUUGUGAUAUCUGUGGUAAAUCAUUUUCUAGUAGACAGGCCUUGAGGUCUCACAACCCUGUUCAUGCAGGGCAGAACGUAUAACAUUGUGAUGUCUGGUAAAUCAUUUCCAGAUAAAAGUAAAUUUGGGUGACACAUAUAUAUUCAUAGAAGAAGCCUAUCUGUGGCAAUCAUUCAUUUGAAAUGAUAGCUUAUAUAGGCACAUGCAGACUUAUGCAGGAGAAAACUGACAUUUGUGGAAAUUAUUACUCUGAAGGCAGUGCUUUACAUAUACAUUGACGUAUUCAUACAACAAAGACACCAUAUCAAUGUGAUGUCUGUGGUAAAUCAUUCUCUCACACAUCUUCCCCAAUAAAGCACAUACGUAUUCGUACAGAAGGGCCAUUCCACUGUGAGAUUUGUGGUAAAUCAUUCCCAAAUAAAAGCAAAUUACAGAGACACACAUAUGUUCAUACAGGGUAAAAAUCCUAUAGCUAUAAUAUCUAGCAAAUCAUCCAGUCAAAAGAAUGAUUUAAAUGAGCAUAUACGAAUUCAUACAGGUGAAAAACCAUAUCACUGUGAUCUCUGUGUAAAAUCUUGCUCUCAAACAGGAGAAUGUGAUAUCUGUAGCAAGUCUUCAUUUGCAGGCAGUACCUUACAUAAACAUAGGCGUAUUCAUACAAGAGAGACA